AUGCAGGCGCUCCAAGAGCUCCCGCAGGUGAUCAGGCCGCUGUCGAUGAGGCCGCACAGGUAUCAGGACUCUGAAGAUAUCGAUGCCGACAUGGAAGAAGCUGGAGACGUUGGCAGCGACGAUGACGACGUCAAGCGUUAUCUGUCCCAGAGCUUCAACGACCUCAAGGCCGAGCUGAAGAAGGUCGAUCCUAAAGCGAAGAGGUCGGGCAAGGGAGUGACGAAGAAGAAGGUGGCGAAAGAUUUGGGGCGGGCCGCGAGGAGGAAGAGGCGCGAUGAGAGGAAGGAGAAGCGCAGUACGUAA